GUGAACCAAACAACGGCUUAAACGACCUCGUUUUUUUACCGUCUCUUUCACUUCUACCAACCUGCUUCUCUUCUCCACUUCAUUUCCAUUGUUAAAUCUGGAAAGCUCCUCUCGUUUCGCAAUCAGAUCCCAAAAUGGAGCCAGAUGUAAGCAUCGAGACAUCCUGCAUGAUCCGCAUCGCCGUCCUCCCAAUCGGUCCGGUGCCGCCCAACGUCAUGCGCGACUAUUACUCCAUGUUCCUGCGUCACCACACGAUCCCUCUCUCCGCCAUCAGUUCCUUCUACACAGAGCACCAGAAAUCUCCCUUUGCUAAUCAGCCAUGGGACAACGGCUCCCUUCGAUUCAAAUUCGUACUUGGUGGGUCCCCUCCCAGCCCCUGGGAGGAUUUUCAGUCCAAUCGCAAGAUCCUCGCUGUCAUCGGCUUUUGCCACUGUCCAUCGUCGCCGGAUCUCGAUUCCGUCGUCGACCAAUUCAGUCUUGCAUGUAGAAGUUAUGCCUCUGCUCUUGUGAGGCUUUGUUUCGCUUUCAGCCCCUGUGAUUCUCAGCUGGAGGAUGGAAGUAAGAAGGGUGAGAAUCUGAGAUUUUUUCCCCGGGCGGAUCGCCAAACGGUGGAGAUCCAUUUGCAGACGAUGAUGCAAGAUAUUGCCGCGUCAUUGCUGAUGGAAUUCGAGAAGUGGGUUCUACAGGCGGAAUCUGCUGGAACUAUUCUCAAGACGCCUUUGGAUUCUCAAGCCAGUCUAGGCUCAGAGGAGGUGAUCAAGGCCAAAAAGAGAAGACUCGCUCGUGCACAGAAGACAAUUGGGGAUUACUGUUUGUUGGCGGGGUCACCUGUUGAUGCCAAUGCUCACUAUUCCACUGCCUUAGAAUUAGCUAGAUUGACUGCGGAUUUCUUUUGGUAUGCUGGGGCUUUGGAGGGUAGCGUUUGUGCCUUACUGAUAGACCAAUUGGGCCAAAAGGAUUCGGUUUUUGAGGAUGAGGUCAAGUAUCGGUAUACUAGUGUGAUAUCACAUUACAAAAAGUCAUUCAUACCAGACAAUGCUCAAAGAGUUUCACCUUUGAGCUUUGAACUUGAAGCUACUCUGAAAUUGGCAAGAUUUCUUUGUAGAAGAGGAAUCACUAAGGAUGUGGUAGAGUUGCUAACCAGUGCUGCAGAUGGUGCAAAAUCCUUGAUUGAUGCCAGUGAUAGACUCGUAUUAUAUGUUGAAAUAGCUCGCUUAUUCGGGUCUCUUGGUUAUCAGAGGAAAGCUGCCUUUUUCUCAAGACAGGUGGCUCAGUUGUAUAUGCAACAAGAUAGUAGAUUGACAGCUAUCAGUGCUAUGCAAGUUUUGGCAAUGACCACUAAAGCAUAUCGUGUUCAGAGUAGAGCAUCCUUCUCCAAUCAUCCUCAUUCCAGUAAUGAGAUUGGAUCAAGUCAUGUUGAUGGUGGGAAAAUGCAUCACCAAUCAGUAGUUUCUCUAUUCGAAUCUCAAUGGAGCACACUGCAAAUGGUUGUAUUGAGGGAGAUACUGCUCUCUGCUGUUCGUGCAGGAGAUCCUCUCGCUGCAUGGAGUGCUGCUGCAAGGUUACUAAGAUCAUAUUAUCCUCUAAUCACGCCUGCUGGACAGAAUGGCCUUGCUAGUGCACUUACUAAUUCAGCUGAGAGGUUGCCUUCAGGAACUCGCUGUGCUGAUCCUGCCUUACCUUUUGUAAGGUUGUAUUCCUUUCCUCCCUAUCCCUGUCAAAUGGACAUUAUAAAACGCAAUCCAGCAAGAGAAGACUGGUGGGCUGGAUCUGCUCCAUCAGGGCCUUUUAUCUAUACACCAUUCAGCAAAGGGGAGCCCAAUGACAGUAGCAAGCAAGAGCUGAUAUGGAUUGUUGGAGAACCAGUCCAGGUCUUGGUGGAGUUGGCAAACCCUUGUGGCUUUAAUUUAAGGGUUGAUAGCAUAUACCUAUCUGUUCGUUCAGGAAAUUUUGAUGCUUUUCCUGUUAGUGUAGAUCUUCCACCUAAUUCAUCAAAGUUGAUCACUUUAUCUGGAAUCCCGACUUCUGUGGGGUCAGUGACAAUUCCAGGGUGUACUGUUCACUGUUUUGGCGUUGUUACUGAACAUCUAUUCAAAGAUGUCGAUAAUCUGCUUCUCGGUGCAGCACAAGGGCUUGUGCUUUCUGACCCUUUCAGAUGUUGUGGGUCUCCAAAGCUGAGAAAUGUGUCAGUUCCAAAUAUUUCUGUUGUACCAUCACUUCCAUUAUUAGUUUCUCAUGUUGUAGGUGGUGAUGGAACAAUAGUAUUAUAUGAAGGUGAAAUACGUGAUAUCUGGAUUAGUCUGGCUAAUGCAGGCACAGUUCCAGUCGAACAAGCACAUAUCUCACUCUCUGGUAAAAACCAAGAUUCUGUAGUCUCAAUACCAUAUGAAAUCUUAAAAUCUGCACUUCCGUUGAAGCCUGGCGCAGAAAUUGUCCUACCUGUGACAUUGAAGGCCUGGCAACAUGGACCAGUGGAUCCUGAUAUUACCAGUAGUAAGCUUGCAUCUGGAAGGCAGUUAAAGGAUGGUAGCAGUCCCACUUUGUUGAUUCAUUAUGCUGGGCCAUUGACAGAUUCUGGAGAUCCUCCAACAAAAGGAUCUUCUGUUCCUCCUGGUAGACGCCUGGUGGUUCCCUUGCACAUUUGUGUUUUGCAAGGUUUAUCAUUUGUGAAAGCUCGUUUGCUUUCCAUGGAAAUUCCUGCACAUGUUGGCCUGAAUCUACCAGAAACCGUUCGACUUGAGGCUAAUGCUAGUAAAGAAGCAAUUGAUUCAAAAAGCAAGAUAGAUGGAUUCGUAAAAAUUGAUCCUUUUAGAGGAAGUUGGGGGCUACGUUUUCUUGAAUUAGAAUUGUCUAAUCCAACUGAUGUUGUGUUUGAAAUUAGUGUUUCCGUCCAGCUUGACAACCGUGAGGAUAAGUUGGAUAACCUUUCUGCUGAUCAAGAUGUUACUGAAUAUAGUUGUCCUAAAACAAGAAUUGAUAGGGAUUACUCUGCCAGGGUAUUAGUACCCCUAGAGCAUUUUAAACUACCUAUUCUUGACAGUUCCUUUUUCAUGAAGGAUUUUCAGCCUGAUAGUGUUGGCAGAAAUUCAAGCUUCUCUGAAAAGAAUGCCAGGGCAGAAUUAAACGCUUCCAUUAAAAGCCUCAUUUCCAGAAUAAAGGUAAGGUGGCAAUCAGGACGAAAUAGCUCCGGAGAACUGAAUAUGAAGGAUGCCAUACAGGCAGCACUUCAGACAUCUGUUAUGGAUGUAUUAUUACCUGAUCCUUUGACAUUUGGGUUCAGGCUUGUUAGAAAUAAUCUCCCGCAAGAAUCUGAUAUGCCUUUCGGCUCUUCUGGGCAAGGUUCUGUAAUGGCUCAUGACAGGACUCCAAUGGAAGUCCUAGUCCGCAACAACACCAAAGAAAUCAUUAGGAUGAGUCUUAGCAUUACAUGCAGGGAUGUGGCCGGUGAGAAUUGCAUCGACGGUACCAAGGCCACUGUCCUAUGGGCUGGCGUUUUGGAUGCAAUUACUAUGGAGGUUCCCCCACUUGAAGAAUCAAAGCAUUCUUUUGCAUUGCAUUUUCUUGUCCCUGGUGAGUACACUUUAGUAGCAGCUGCUGUAAUUGAAGAUACUAAUGAUAUUCUCAGAACCCGUGCGAAAACUGAUUCGGCUGAUGAGCCAAUAUUCUGUCGAGGUCCCCCAUUUCAUAUUCGUGUCAUUGGAACUGCUUGACUAUUCUAAUUCAGAAUGAUAAAAUCAUCUUUACAUUAGAUUCAACAGCUCAGAUGUUUUUGGUGGCUUUAGUAUUGAUCUCAUUGUGUUCCCUGGUCCUGCCAGCCAUUCCCCCUCUUACUGUACUAUUGAAGCUGAUGUCUUGAUGAAUUCUGUUGAAUUAUAUUUAGGACUUUGGUGCACUUUGUAAAUCUAUGUUUUCAUCAUGUGCUCUUUUCCGGCUUUUUCCUGUGGGGAAUCAUGUAGACCCCAAAGCCAAAGGAGUAAUAAAAACAAGAGGGGGAUUUAUUGUCGAUAUUUUUGUAAAUUCUACGUUGUGAUCAUCGACGUGUGGAUAUAUAUGGAUUUGGAAUUUGCCAA